GGCGCUCCGACUCGGGCGAAGUUCUCGCGCAGCCGGCUCGCCGCGGCCGGGGCCGGUCCCGGCGGGCGGCGGCGGCGGCGGGUGCUCGGAGCCGGGCGGGGCGGCGGCGGCGGCGCGGGGACGCGCGCUGUCUCUUUAAGGGAGCUCGGUCUGGGGUGGCGCUUUCCUCCGCGAAGGCUCCUUUGAUAUUAAUAGUGUUGGUGUCUUGAAACUGACGUAAUGCGCGGAGACUGAGGUCCUGACAAGCGAUAACAUUUCUGAUAAAGACCCGAUCUCACUGCAAUCUCUAGCGUCCUCUUUUUUGGUGCUGCUGGUUUCUCCAGACCUCGCGUCCUCUCGAUUGCUCUCUCGCCUUCCUAUUUCUUUUUUUUUUUUUUUUAAACAAAAAACAACACCCCCUCCCCUCUCCCACCCGGCACCGGGCACAUCCUUGCUCUAUUUCCUUUCUCUUUCUCUCUCUCUUUAUCUCUCUCUCUCUCUCCCUCUUUUUUAAUAAGGGUGGGGGAGGGAAAGGGGGGGAGGCAGGAAAGACCUUUUUCUCUCCCCCCCGCAAUAAUCCAAGAUCAACUCUGCAAACAACAGAAGACGGUUCAUGGCUUUGGCCGCCGCGCCACCAUCUUUCGGGCUGCCGAGGGUGUUCUUGACGAUUAAUCAACAGAAACUUCAAGCGGCUUCCUGCUUUCUCCAAGUGGUCCAGCCUCAUCAACUGGGAUUCAAGAUUCUGUCUUAUUAACCUUGGCAACCACGUCUUCCAUAUGUACAGAUCAGCUCUCAAAAUGUCUUCUGUGUCUUCCGAGCGUCUUCUAAGACAAUUGCAUUAGCCUCCUGCUAGUUGACUAAUAGAAUUAAUAAUUGUAAAAAGCACUCUAAAGCCACAUGCCUUAUGAAGUCAAUGCUGGGUAUGAUUUUACAAAUAUGGUCCGGAAAAAGAACCCCCCUCUGAGAAACGUUGCGAGUGAAGGCGAGGGCCAGAUCCUGGAGCCUAUAGGUACAGAAAGCAAGGUAUCUGGAAAGAACAAAGAAUUUUCUGCAGAUCAGAUGUCAGAAAAUACGGAUCAGAGUGAUGCUGCAGAACUAAAUCAUAAGGAGGAACAUAGCUUGCAUGUUCAAGAUCCAUCUUCUAGCAGUAAGAAGGACUUGAAAAGCGCAGUCCUGAGUGAGAAGGCUGGCUUCAAUUAUGAAAGCCCCAGUAAGGGAGGAAACCUUCCCUCCUUUCCGCAUGAUGAGGUGACAGACAGAAAUAUGUUGGCUUUCUCAUCUCCAGCUGCUGGGGGAGUCUGUGAGCCCUUGAAGUCUCCUCAAAGAGCAGAGGCAGAUGACCCUCAAGAUAUGGCCUGCACCCCCUCAGGGGACUCAGUGGAGACAAAAGAAGAUCAGAAGAUGUCACCAAAGGCUACGGAGGAAACAGGGCAAGCACAGAGUGGUCAAGCCAAUUGUCAAGGUUUGAGCCCAGUUUCAGUGGCCUCAAAAAACCCACAAGUGCCUUCAGAUGGGGGUGUAAGACUGAAUAAAUCCAAAACUGACUUACUGGUGAAUGACAACCCAGACCCGGCACCUCUGUCUCCAGAGCUUCAGGACUUUAAAUGCAAUAUCUGUGGAUAUGGUUACUAUGGCAACGACCCCACAGAUCUGAUUAAGCACUUCCGAAAGUAUCACUUAGGACUGCAUAACCGCACCAGGCAGGAUGCUGAGCUGGACAGCAAAAUCUUGGCCCUUCAUAACAUGGUGCAGUUCAGCCAUUCCAAAGACUUCCAGAAGGUCAACCGUUCUGUGUUUUCUGGUGUGCUGCAGGACAUCAAUUCUUCAAGGCCUGUUUUACUAAAUGGGACCUAUGAUGUGCAGGUGACUUCAGGUGGAACAUUCAUUGGCAUUGGACGGAAAACACCAGAUUGCCAAGGGAACACCAAGUAUUUCCGCUGUAAAUUCUGCAAUUUCACUUAUAUGGGCAACUCAUCCACCGAACUAGAACAACAUUUUCUUCAGACUCACCCAAACAAAAUAAAAGCUUCUCUCCCCUCCUCUGAGGUUGCAAAACCUUCAGAGAAAAACUCUAACAAGUCCAUCUCUGCACUUCGAUCCAGUGAUUCUGGAGACUUGGGAAAAUGGCAGGACAAGAUAACAGUCAAAGCAGGAGAUGACACUCCUGUUGGGUACUCAGUGCCCAUAAAGCCCCUCGAUUCCUCGAGACAAAAUGGUACAGAGGCCACCAGUUACUACUGGUGUAAAUUUUGUAGUUUCAGCUGUGAGUCAUCUAGCUCACUUAAACUGCUAGAACAUUAUGGCAAGCAGCACGGAGCAGUGCAGUCAGGCAGCCUUAAUCCAGAGUUGAAUGAUAAGCUUUCCAGGGGCUCUGUCAUUAAUCAGAAUGAUCUAGCCAAAAGUUCAGAAGGAGAGACAAUGACCAAGGCAGACAAGAGCUCGAGUGGGGCUAAAAAGAAGGACUUCUCCAGCAAGGGAGCCGAGGAUAAUGUGGUAACGAGCUAUAAUUGUCAGUUCUGUGACUUCCGAUAUUCCAAAAGCCACGGCCCCGAUGUAAUUGUAGUGGGGCCACUUCUCCGUCAUUAUCAACAGCUCCAUAACAUUCACAAGUGUACCAUUAAACACUGUCCAUUCUGUCCCAGAGGACUUUGCAGCCCAGAAAAGCACCUUGGAGAAAUUACUUAUCCGUUUGCUUGUAGAAAAAGUAAUUGUUCCCACUGUGCACUCUUGCUUCUGCACUUGUCCCCUGGGGCGGCUGGAAGCUCGCGAGUCAAACAUCAGUGCCAUCAGUGUUCAUUCACCACCCCUGAUGUAGAUGUACUCCUCUUUCACUAUGAGAGUGUGCAUGAGUCCCAAGCAUCGGAUGUCAAACAAGAAGCAAAUCACCUGCAAGGAUCAGAUGGGCAGCAGUCUGUCAAGGAAAGCAAAGAACACUCAUGUACCAAAUGUGAUUUUAUUACCCAGGUGGAAGAAGAGAUUUCCCGACACUACAGGAGAGCACACAGCUGCUACAAAUGCCGUCAGUGCAGUUUUACAGCUGCCGAUACUCAGUCACUACUGGAGCACUUCAACACUGUUCACUGCCAGGAACAGGACAUCACUACAGCCAACGGCGAAGAGGACGGUCAUGCCAUAUCCACCAUCAAAGAGGAGCCCAAAAUUGACUUCAAGGUCUACAAUCUGCUAACUCCAGACUCUAAAAUGGGAGAGCCAGUUUCUGAGAGUGUGGUGAAGAGAGAGAAGCUGGAAGAGAAGGACGGGCUCAAAGAGAAAGUUUGGACCGAGAGUUCCAGUGAUGACCUUCGCAAUGUGACUUGGAGAGGGGCAGACAUCCUGCGGGGGAGUCCGUCAUACACCCAAGCAAGCCUGGGGCUGCUGACGCCUGUGUCCGGCACCCAAGAGCAGACAAAGACUCUAAGGGAUAGUCCCAAUGUGGAAGCUGCCCAUCUGGCGCGACCUAUUUAUGGCUUGGCUGUGGAAACCAAGGGAUUCCUGCAGGGGGUGCCAGCUGGCGGAGAGAAGUCUGGGGCCCUCCCCCAGCAGUAUCCUGCAUCGGGAGAAAACAAGUCCAAGGAUGAAUCCCAGUCCCUGUUACGGAGGCGUAGAGGCUCCGGUGUUUUUUGUGCCAAUUGCCUGACCACAAAAACCUCUCUCUGGCGAAAGAAUGCAAAUGGCGGAUAUGUAUGCAACGCGUGUGGCCUCUACCAGAAGCUUCACUCGACUCCCAGGCCUUUAAACAUCAUUAAACAAAACAACGGUGAGCAGAUUAUUAGGAGGAGAACAAGAAAGCGCCUUAACCCAGAGGCACUUCAGGCUGAGCAGCUCAACAAACAGCAGAGGGGCAGCAAUGAGGAGCAAGUCAAUGGAAGCCCGUUAGAGAGGAGGUCAGAAGAUCAUCUAACUGAAAGUCACCAGAGAGAAAUUCCGCUCCCCAGCCUAAGUAAAUACGAAGCCCAGGGUUCAUUGACUAAAAGCCAUUCUGCUCAGCAGCCAGUCCUGGUCAGCCAAACUCUGGAUAUUCACAAAAGGAUGCAACCUUUGCACAUUCAGAUAAAAAGUCCUCAGGAAAGUACUGGAGAUCCAGGAAAUAGUUCAUCCGUAUCUGAAGGGAAAGGAAGUUCUGAGAGAGGCAGUCCUAUAGAAAAGUACAUGAGACCUGCGAAACACCCAAAUUAUUCACCACCAGGCAGCCCUAUUGAAAAGUACCAGUACCCACUUUUUGGACUUCCCUUUGUACAUAAUGACUUCCAGAGUGAAGCUGAUUGGCUGCGGUUCUGGAGUAAAUAUAAGCUCUCCGUUCCUGGGAAUCCGCACUACUUGAGUCACGUGCCUGGCCUACCAAAUCCUUGCCAAAACUAUGUGCCUUAUCCCACCUUCAAUCUGCCUCCUCAUUUUUCAGCUGUUGGAUCAGACAAUGACAUUCCUCUAGAUUUGGCGAUCAAGCAUUCCAGACCUGGGCCAACUGCAAACGGUGCCUCCAAGGAGAAAACGAAGGCACCACCAAAUGUAAAAAAUGAAGGUCCCUUGAAUGUAGUAAAAACAGAGAAAGUUGAUAGAAGUACUCAAGAUGAACUUUCAACAAAAUGUGUGCACUGUGGCAUUGUCUUUCUGGAUGAAGUGAUGUAUGCUUUGCAUAUGAGUUGCCAUGGUGACAGUGGACCUUUCCAGUGCAGCAUAUGCCAGCAUCUUUGCACGGACAAAUAUGAUUUCACAACACAUAUCCAGAGGGGCCUGCAUAGGAACAAUGCACAAGUGGAAAAAAAUGGAAAACCUAAAGAGUAAAACCUUAGCACUUAGCACAAUUAAAUAGAAAUAGGUUUUCUUGAUGGGAAUUCAAUAGCUUGUAAUGUCUUAUGAAGACCUAUUAAAAAAAUACUUCAUAGAGCCUGCCUUAUCCAACAUGAAAUUCCCUUCUUUUAUUAUUCUUUCUUUUGAUGAGUAGGUUACCAAGAUUAAAAAGGGAGAUAAAUGGUCAAUGAGAAAGAAUGGAAGAUGGUAAACCAUCACUUUUUAAAACCUGUUAAGUCAAAACCAUCUUGGCUAAUAUGUACUGGGGAAAUAAUCCAUAAGAGAUAUCACCAGACUAGAAUUAAUGUAUUUACAAAGAAAGAGACCAAAACUGUCUAGAAUUUGAAAGGGUUUACAUAUUAUUAUACUAAAGCAGUACUGGACUGGCCAUUGGACCAUUUGUUCCAAAACCCAUAAAUUGUUGCCUAAAUUUAUAAUUAUCAUGAAACCCUAGGCAGAGGAGGAGAAAUUGAAGGUCCAGGGCAAUGAAAGAAAAAUGGCGCCCUCUCAAUUUAGUCUUCUCUUAUUGGCCAUGUUUCAGAUUUUGACCUAGAAAUGCGAGCUGUGGUUAGGCUUGGUUAGAGUGCAGCAAGAAACAUGACAGAUGGUGGCACGCUGUUUUUAGCCAGCCCUGCCUGUACAUACACAUGCACACCCUCUCUGAUAUUUUUGUCCUUUAGAUGUUCAAAUACUCAGUAGUCCUUUUGUUUGCGGUUUAGAUUCAUUUUGUCCACACAUGUACCCAUUUUAAAAAACAAUGUCCUCGAUGCUUCUGUAGUCAUUUCAUUUUAGCCAGGUAUUUCUUUCUUGUGUGUGAUGAACCAGUAUGGAUUUGCUUUUCUAAGCCUCCUGUUGGUUACUAAUCUCACUUGGCACAUUAUAACUAAAGGAAUCCCCUCAAUUCAAAAGCAUAGAUGGAUACAAAUGUCAGACCAUGGGUUUAAUUUGUUUAGAACACAUGGCAUUUCUUCACAAGGUAACCUGCUGUAUUUAUUUAUUUUCUUUUGGUUAAAUAUAAUUUCCAAACUUUGUGGUCAGGCAGCGUCUAAGGUUACGUUACCACAGACUGACAGUUGGUAUAUGUACCAGCCAAUCCCUUCAUUAAAUGUAUACAGAUUUAGUUAAGUAGCAUUAAAUAGGAUUCUUAGAAGUAUGUCCUCAUAGAACUUUUAAUACUUAAGGCUUUGUAAAAACUAUCCAUGAAGGGAAAGCUCCUCAGCAUAACUGCUCAGGGAAAUAGGGCUAAAUAACUGAACAUUAAAUAAUUGGUUAAAGGUGCUGUUAGUCGAGCCUCAAUGCUUGCUACAAGGAUGUAUGUACAAGGACUGACUUUAAUAAUUUGCAUUAUAUUGUCCCAACCAGUAGUUUAUUUUUUGCCACGGAGAUGUAGAAGAUAUUACAAGCUACUGGAUGCACUGUCAGAUUAACUUAUUUCAUUAAAGAAGUUGGGAGAACAAAUAGGAAAAAAAAACUUAUUUUUCUAGUAAAUAUUAAUGUAUUACAUUUCAAAUAAUGGUGCCUGACAUAUUGAAUAAUUAUUUUCUACAGUGUACGUAUGCAACAAAGAUAUUCCAUCAUGCAUUAGAGUCAGUUCUGGCUCUGCCUAGCUGUUUACAUUUGCAAAUGUAGCAAACAAGGUAAUGAAGCAACUAUUUCUAUUGCAGUAGAUAUCCUUUUGUGUGUGUGUGUGUGCAUUAAAGUUGUAAACGGUAACAUGAAACAAAUGAAAGUUCUUGCUAUAAUGGUAUGGAAAACAGGAAGGAAAUGAAAAUAUUUUUAUGCCUACUUAGGAAAAAAAGGGUAGCACUAUUCAUUCCAAGUACUUUUUUUUUUUAAAUUUUUAAGCUCUUAACUCACAUUGUUAUGCUUAAGAUGAUAAACAUAUAUCCUCUUUUUAUUGCUUUGUCUAUGUUUCAUAUGAAACAUUUCAGAAAUUAUUUUGAUAAGUGUUGCUGGAAUCUGCAACGCUGAUGUUUUUAUUGCAUUCUGUAGUCGCAUUUGCACUCCAUUUUUACAUUAAUUCGCAGUUGCUUUGUAUCGUUUUGUUUUGUUUGGGUUUUGUUUCUUUUCCACAGUGCCGGGUCUUCGUUUCUUAAAGUUGGAUGGCAGGUAGAGUUCAACCAGUUCGUGACUGUUGUAGCGAAUGAAGUUAAAAAAAUGUCUUUCUGAUGUUGUGUUGUCAUUUUCAUUCUUGCAUUUUUUUGUUUGCAUAUUAAAAAAAGAGAAAAGAGAAAGCAAGAGACAGAAAUCAGGACUAAGUCCUCUGCUUCAGUUUCAUUGUUAACGGGCCUUAUUCUGAUCUCACCUGUUGCGUAGCUCUAAUAUUCACAUAAACUGAAAUAAAGAAGUGGAAUGAGGAGCUUUGACAUUCAAAUUAUGUGAUGUAAUUUAUCUUCCGUAGGAAUUUUGAUGGAUGCAUCUCAAAAUGUAUAGCCAGACUUGAGAGGUGACAAUUAAAGAUCUAAAAAAGAGAGGAGAUUCCCCCAAACAACAAUAUUUAAUUUUCUUAGUAAAAAGAAUAACAAAAUGCAUCAUGGCAAUCCUUAAGCAACGUUAUCUAUGUGGACUGCUUAAAUCAGCAAAACACCAGAAGUUUGGUUAACUUGGGCAAUAUGACAAGUAUUACUUUUUGGGCAAAACUACUCAUUAAGCAAUUUCUCUAGUGUGUCGGACACAAAUAGGUUCUUUAUUUUUGGCAUGUAUGCCUUUUUAUUUUCAUUCAGUUUUUUUUUUCUCAGACAGACAUAGUAGUAAUGACUAGCAUUGGAAAAUACAUAUCACUAUUCUUGGAAUAUUUAUGGUCAGUCUACUUUUUAGUAGAAUAUUUUUGGAUAGCAUUGACACGAUAGAUCUUAUUCCAUACUUCUUUAUUAUUGAUAAUUUUAUUUUCAUUUUUGCUUUCAUUAUUAUACAUAUUUUGGUGGAGAAGAGGUUGGGCUUUUUUAAAAGAGACAAAAAUUUAUUAUAACACUAAACACUCCUUAUUCUUUUGACUUAUUAAAGCCUUUAUUCCAUCUCUCAAGAUAUAUUAUAAAAUUUAUUUUUUUAAUUUAAGAUUUCUGAAUUAUUUUAUCUUAAAUUGUGAUUUUAAACGAGCUAUUAUGGUACGGAACGUUUUUUUAAUGAGGAAUUUCAUGAUGAUUUAGGAAUUUUCUCUCUUGGAAAAGGCUUCCCCUGUGAUGAAAACGAUGUGCCAGCUAAAAUUGUGUGCCAUUUAAAAACUGAAAAUCUUUUAAAAUUAUUUGUCUAUAUUCUAAAUUGAGCUUUGGAUCAAACUUUAGGCCAGGACCAGCUCAUGCGUUCUCACUCUUCCUUUUCUCACUCUUUCUCUCAUCACUCACCUCUGUAUUCAUUCUGUUGUUUGGGAUAGAAAAAUCAUAAAGAGCCAACCCACCUCAGAACGUUGUGGAUUGAGAGAGACACUACAUGACUCCAAGUAUAUGAGAAAAGGACAGAGCUCUAAUUGAUAACUCUGCAGGUCAAAAGGAAAAGAGUAUGCCCAAUUCUCUCUACAUGACAUAUUGAGAUUUUUUUUAAUCAACUUUUAAGAUAGUGAUGUUCUGUUCUAAACUGUUCUGUUUUAGUAAAGGUAGAUUUUUAGAAAACAAGCAUGGGGAUUCUUUUCUAAGGUAAUAUUAAUGAGAAGGGAAAAAAGUAUCUUUAACAGCUCUUUGUUGAAGCCUGUGGUAGCACAUUAUGUUUAUAAUUGCACAUGUGCACAUAAUCUAUUAUGAUCCAAUGCAAAUACAGCUCCAAAAAUAUUAAAUGUAUAUAUAUUUUAAAAUGCCUGAGGAAAUACAUUUUUCUUAAUAAACUGAAGAGUCUCAGUAUGGCUAUUAAAAUAAUUAUUAGCCUCCUGCUGUGUGGCUGCAAAACAUCACAAAGUGACCGGUCUUGAGACCUGUGAACUGCUGCCUGUUUAGUAAAUAAAAUUAAUGCAUUUCUAGAGGGGGAAUAUCUGCCAUCCAGUGGUGGAAAUGUGGAGUAAAGAAGCUGGUGGUCCGCUUCUGUGCUGUUUGCCAGCCUUUUGCCUUAAGUUGAGAGGAGCUCAACUUCAGCUACUGCCUUUGGGUUGAGAGCCAUGGCAAAAAAAAAAAAAAGAAAAAAGAAUCAAGGCAUCUUUGGUGAGCCAGUAAGGUGAAAGCUUGCUGACUGUCCAAGGCACAAGAGAAAAUUGAGGAAUUGAAAUGCAACCUGAGUAUCAAACUAAAUAUUCUAACCAAAGGUAGGUACUGUUAGCUGGAAUUCUAUCAGCAGGCAACUGCAAAUGAGAAGAAGAUAGAAGGACGCCCGUCGGGACUUUGGAGGGCAGUGUUAUUUUCCCAAAGAAAGACUUGCCAAGGGCAGAGGCAUGGAUUCUUUGCAGAGCACUUCCUUUUGGUUUUUCAAUACUGUUUCAUAGACAGUGGGCUCACAUGUUCCUGAUAGUGCUGCAGUUGCUUAGAAAGCAUCCCAGUUAAUUGCAGUAAUUAGAACUCCUGGAAUAUGCUAGGGCAGAAGUAUGUCAAGUCAGGGAUGAAGAAAAUGUGAAAUUCAAGAGUAAUCCACACGUGAGAAACUAGACAAUAUACAUUCAUGUGUUCUCUUGAAAGGAAAGGGAGAGCUGUAAGCUUCACUCUGUCCUACACCAGAGAAAAGCAGGAAUAACUUUACCGUGGAAAUAAUGUUUAGCUUUUAUCAGAGAAAAUGGUCCUUCUAGAGCAUAGAGUCCCAAAACUCAAUUCUGGUUUUCCCCUGGUUGUUUUUUGUUUUUUUUGUUUUUUUUCAACAUAUGAACUGCAGCAUAUCACUUUUUCUUUUUGUGCCUCAGGUUCCUCAGCUGUAAAAUUGAAAAAAUAUAUUAAUAAUAUUAUUAAUAAUAAUAAUGGUAACGUAGUACUUGUUUGUAAAGCACUUUGAGAUCCUUGGUUGAAAGGCACCAUAGGAGUGCCAAGUAUUAUUAUGUGGCCAAGGGGGUUAUUUAAACUGUCAGUUCCCAAAGGCCAGGAAAGGUUGGGGUCAUUUUUCUGAAAGAUGAGCUGUAAAUAUCAACUAGGCAGCCAAUAGUGUUGACUAUGAAGAUGCAAAACUAUUACUAGGCUGAUAAAACCAUAGUUUCUUAAUGGCUACCAAUAAGGCAAAUAUCACAGUAAUAAAUGCCAAAUUCCUUAGGGUGGACUAUUUGACAACUACAUGGAAAAUUUGGGGGGAGGCAUGCGGGGGGAACAUCUCAAAAUGCCAGUGUAAAAUUUAACUUACAGCAAUAUUCACCAGCAGAAAAUGUCUUUCAUAUGGAAUGAUUUCAUGUUGCUAAGAAAAAGAAUUCAAUUUGUAGUCCUGAUUUGAAUACUAGAAUGUUGGCUAUAAUAGUUCUGUUCUUACAACACAUGAAAUUUUUUCGUUUUAUUUUAUUUUGUUUUCAUAGUGCAUGUUCAUUUCUACUCACAAACAUGUUCUUGGUGUAUUUCUUAUGCAAACAAUCUUCAGGCAGCAAAGAUGUCUGUUACAUCUAAACUUGAAUAAUAAAGUUUUACCACCAGUUACACAUAA